AUGGGCGAGGCUGCCAUCUUCCGCAUGAUGCACGGCCCAGGCGUGCUCGCGCGGGCAAGGACGAACUUGAGUUCCACUUGGGUGCGGCAUCUUUUGUGGAAGCGAUGCCAGAAGGGGGCACCCGAGAAAUUUGACGAGUUGGCAAAAGUUUUGCUGUGUCUCUCCGUUGAGGCCCUGGUGCAGAAGAGUUGGCGCUGGUACGGGCCGUUGAUGUUCCGCCGGCGUUUGGAGCAGGUCCGUUUGUCUGGAGACCGCACAGACAUUCUUGCCAUCGAUGGCAGCGCCAAGUUGUACCGCCGAACGUGCGGCAUGCCUUUCUCUCACGUGGUCUACUGCGCCGAGCUGGACAAAUACCUUUUGCGAGGGUGCCCGGACCGUCCGCAUGGGAAGGGGGCGAUGUGCUGCAAGCGUGCCAAGGCGUUAGUGGCUGACCCGCCGGCGCCGCACGAGACUGUAUGCAACCGCCGGUUGCGCCGAGCCCUGCAUGGGCCAGAUGAUUGGCUCCCCCUGGAGGUGCAGCUGAAAGGCUUUGCGCGUCGCUGGCAGCCCGCGUGCGCUGUCUCUCCAGAUGCGCUGGCUUCGUAUUUCGGCACUGGGGCUGACGCGCGCAUCCAAGCGCGCCGGGCUCGCCGCGUGGCGCUUCGAAAGCAGGGCGCGGCUGGCAAGAAAGGGCGCAAAGAAAAGAGCUUCAUGACAUCCUGGAGCUCGAACGGGCCGCGCGCCGCUUCCGAGUGUUCCACGCGCAAGGAGACGGACGCGCGCAUCGUUGCAGCCGCCCCCGCAGCGGGCUUCCUGACGGCCGUAUCUGCGUCUGGCAUUCUGGCGCACGUGGAAGAGCUCAUGUGCGCUGAGCCCCUCAGCCAGCGGUACCGAUUCCUCGCCAUAGUGGCGGCCCACAUGCCCGACCUCAAGAUUGUCGUCCACGACGACGCGUGCCACCUGCGCCUCAUGGCGGAGAAGAACGGGGAGGGCGCCGCCGUGGCUGCGCGGCUGGCAACCGAGUUCCCCACAAACAUCUGCGAAAUCAUGAACUGCGAGUUGUCCCCGCUGGGCCACGUGAUCCACCACGUGGGCCGGUGGGCCUCCCAGUUCUACGUGCAAGAGAUGGUGGGCGCGUUGAACAUGAAGACGCUGGGUCGCAUGAGGGGCGCCCAGGCCACUGCCGCCAGGAAGGUAGCUCGGGCGAGCGAGGCCGCCUCGGCCUCGGCCGAGAAGAAGCCGAGCCCCCCUUCGUGGGAUUGCCGCAGCGAGUCCUGCGGGUCAUACUCGCGACGCGACCGCGCCGUCGCGCAGUGCGCGGCCAUGGCAGGGAAGAACACGGAGAGUCUGUCCCAGAAGCAGGUGAAGAAAUUCUUUGCGAGGGCGAUGGCUCGCGUCGCCAGUGAGUUCAGCCCGGCGGAGCACCUCCCCCUAAGACGGGCAACUCGCACAAGCGCGACCUUUGGCGAGUCUCGCUGCAAACGCGUCUCGGUGUCUCUGCUCGGCAACGGACAUCCUGGGAAAUUCAUAGCCAUGGGCAGGGGGAUCGUGGGUAACCACACGGCGUGCACUAAUGAGCGCUUCGUCGCCUGCAUUGACCAGGCCGCUGCGCGCCACGCUGCGCUGCCCGCGGGGAGUCGCCUCCCGCGCGGCGUCUCCGCGUGGGCGUGGCUGCCGCUCGCCCCCCAGCAGGCGCAGACGUUCAACUGGGAGACAUACCUUGACGCCCCUGAGGCCGCGGCCCAGUAUUUGGAGAGGGACACCGAGACGGGCGAGGCGUCGGCAGCAAAUUCCCAGGCUCGCAGUUUCGUGGGCCCGGCUGGCGGAUACAAGGUGGAGUUCCCAGAUGGCGAGGAGUCCCGGUUGCGAUACCUGCGGGUUGCCCCGUCCGACGUAGGCGACGCGCAGUUGCGGACCGAGUUCCGAAUUUCUAACAGGGGGGACCUGCCGGACCCCACGGGCCACAUCCAAGCGGGGGCCAGGAGGGUUGCAGAGCUUUUCGCCAAGAAGCCGCAGGCGAUCUUGCCGUUCGAGGAGGAGGCGCGCAAUAUCAUGACGGGCAACCAAGUGGCACAGAGCAUCCGCGCGCAGUUGCGAGGAGACGACGAUCCUACUUUGGCUGCGCUGGAGGCCAACGCCGCGGGCCAGCAGGGCGUUCAGGCUGCUCUCGUUGCCGCGCUGGAUUACUCUGGAGGCGGGGGCACCUUGGACGCGGCCUCGGGGUUGCCGCUCAUCGCCACCCAGCACGUCCAGUGCGCCAGGCGCAUGCUCGACAUCAGCAUUGCCAUCCGGACCAUAUGGCGAGCUGCUCUGGACGAAGACGGCGACGCUGCCGACGGCGAGAGCGACGGCGACAACGAGCCAGGGCGUUUGGCGCGCCCUGUUCGGGGUCACUAUCACCCUCAUGCGUACGCCGCGCCGCUCUCCACGCAGGUGCCAGCUUGCCCGGCGGCGCCCCAGGGCCCGGUUCCCGCUGGCGGCCUGGUGGCUGACGUUGCGCGCCCUGCCGCGCGGGCUGGCGGCGGCAAUGUCGACGUCUCGCAGCCCGCCAGUCCGGGCGCCGCGGAGAGCGAUCUGGCCGGUGCCCCCCCGACAGGAGGCGAGGCGCCGGGCUCGGGCGAGCGCGCGCUGACGUUCGCGGACUUGGCGGGCGAGGCGCAAUUCGACAAUCAGGGCCUUGGCGAAGGGGGGGCCAUGGUUUUCACGAAGGCAGCUUUCAAGGACAGAGAGCUCAUCCGUCGUGUGCUCCUGACCGGGAAAAGCCAGAUUUCCGUGAACGCCUGCGUCGACCUCUACAGCGUGGCCGUGUCGGACCAAGAGGCCCCCGCAAAGCGGAAGAGGCGAGCGCGCCCGUCCAAGCCCGAAGCGGUGGCGGUGCUUAAGGCGGCCUUCGAGCAGUUCCCGCGCCUGGGGGAGUGCCAGGAGCAGAACGGCGAGGUGUUUCUCAAGGUCUGGCCCGACUCAGAACUUGGGAGGGCGCUCUUCCACAGCGAGCUCAUGCGCUGCUGCCGCGUGUCACUGAGGCAGCUGUCACAGAAGCGCGCCCAGUUCCACGAGGGGCGCCCGCAUCUCGCUGACGCGACGCCGAGCCGCGCGGCCGGCCCCCCCGCGCAGCCCCCGCCUUCGCGCGGCGCCCGGGCGAGUGACGCCGGCGCUGCCCCUGACGCCCAGUGCUUCUGGCGCCGCGGAGCCGGUCGCGAUGGGCGCUUCGCAGGGCUUGCGCCCGCCAGCUCCGAGCACGCCGCCUGGCGGCUUGCAUUGGGCGGGGGGGUUGGGGGCAGGCGGAGGGGCCAAGCAGAGGGGGGAUGGAGCGUCGAGCCUCAUCAGGCUUAG